AUGUUUCCGUUCAACCAGUUCGUUGCAGCUCAAUACCGAUAUUCCAAAUUCGGACAUGGAGGUAUCAAUCAACUCGGUGGAGUUUUCGUCAACGGUCGACCGUUGCCUGAUCUUGUUCGUCAAUCAAUUGUUGAUUUAGCCAAACAAGGCGUGCGACCAUGCGAUAUAAGUCGGCAAUUACGUGUUUCUCACGGAUGUGUUAGUAAAAUUCUUGGAAGAUAUCAUGAAACAGGCUCCAUUCGACCAGGAAUUAUCGGCGGUAGUAAACCAAAGGUUGCUACACCAAAAGUUGUUGAUGCUAUAAGCAAUUAUAAAGGUCAAGCGCCAACGAUGUUUGCAUGGGAAAUUCGAGAACGUUUGAUUGCAGAUGGAAUAUGUGAUUCCGAUAAAGUACCAAGUGUUAGCUCGAUUAAUAGAAUCGUUCGUAAUCGUGGAAGUUUAAAUGACAAUUCGAAACUCAAUCACCAUCAUCCUAAUUCGUCACCAACAACAUCAACAGAAACUUCAAUAACAACCACAACGGGCCCAACCACACCACAUGUUGUCAAUAGUACAACAAGCAAUGAUGACGACAGUCGAACUCAUGCAACAGGUGUUUCAGCAUCGCCCAAUGGUUAUAGCAUUCACAGCUUACUCAAUCAUUCUCAAUAUAGUUUACAAUCCCAUGAAUAUUCAACUAAACGUUCGCACCAUCAUCAUCAUGGAUCUCGACCAAGUCAUCAUAUCCAAAUGCAAGACCAGAAAGCAUUUUCUGCUGAGCAAAUUGAUUUUCUAGACAAAUUUUUCAAAGACAAUCCAUGGGCGGAUAGCGCUCAAAUCGAAUCGAUCGUCAAAGCGACUGGCCUAACCGAACUUGUCAUCAAAGCGUAUGUUGAACAACGUCGUGCCAAAUGGAAUUCAAUGUAUCCAUCAAAUAAUUAUUUGAAUUAUAACACCAAUGAUUUCGCAAGCGAGCAUUCGGUUCAACCGUCAUUUCAUAAUGGAAAUCAGCAAUUUAUGGGAAAUAAUUCAAUGAAGAAUGAAUUUGAUGUAUCAGCAACACAAUCUAAUGAUGGCUUCUGUUCAUCGUCAACAUCUUACCCAUCAUCAGCAGGGCCAAAUUUUCCAAUACCACCGCAUGCAUCAGAUUACUAUUCCUCAUAUCCAUAUUCAACUGAUUGGCGUUAUUCGUCUUUUCCGAAUUUUAGUAAAUAA